GUCCAGUCUUGGUGACCCUGUAGUCACUGCAAAAAGGAAAGAGCUAGAAGUAGCAGUAGACAUUUUCAGAAUUUUGCACAAUAACUUUAAGUUUCAUGCGUCUUUGUCAAGGCAUGCUGAGAUUGUUACUUUAAUCAGUUAUUUCAAAAGAAGCCAAACAUGACGGAGGACAUGUUAGGUGCAGAUAUCUGCAGGGUCUGUCGCUCUGAAGGCCUUGCAGAUAGACCUCUUUUCCAUCCUUGUAUAUGCACAGGCAGUAUUAAAUGGAUACAUCAAGAAUGUUUAAUACAAUGGAUGCGUUAUUCGCGCAAAGAAUAUUGUGAACUUUGCGGAUACCGGUUUUCAUUCACGCCAAUUUAUAGCCCAGACAUGCCACGGCGUGUGCCACUGAAAGAUGUUAUCGGAGGAUUAAUUUCUAGCAUUGUAAGAGCAGUAAAAUAUUGGUUGCAUUAUACUUUAGUUGCAAUUGCUUGGCUCGGGGUUGUUCCAUUGACUGCUUGCAGAACUUACAGAGCUUUGUUCAGUGGACCUCUGGAUCUAGUUAGGAUAAUGUCAUUACCAAUGGACAUACUGUCUACAGAAAAUAUAUCCUCAGACGUGUUUCACGGUUGUUUCGUAGUCACCUGCACUCUGUUCGCGUUUAUCGGUAUAGUAUGGUUACGAGAACAAAUUUUACAUGCCGGAGGUCCUGACUGGCUCGAAAGGGACAACGUACAAUUGCCGCCCGUCGAUAACCCACCGCCUCGCGUAGAAGUUCCUGCGCAACAACAUCAAGAGCAAAGAGCUCUUCAACAACAGGAGAUUCAAGACAAUAACAAUGUCCCACCGUUCGUUGACGAGCCACCGAUCUUGCCAGAUCAUUCGAACAAUGAUAAUUUAAGAAACGUAGAAGGACACAGAGCGGAGGAAAUCGACGUGUCCGAUAAUCAAAGAAUAGCCGAUGCCGAAGGAAUUGGUGGCAAUGGUGAACAGCAAAUGGCCGCCAGAAGCGGCGUACAACAAGCAGAGCAACCUCCUAGAGAUAUGGAGGCCCAAGAUGUCGAACAACCAGUACCACCUAGAGAAGAGUUGCCUGCAGAAGCUGAACAAGCGAAUGCGGGUGGCGGUGAAGGAUGGAGAGAUCAAGUGCAAGGUCAGGCACAAGGAGAAGCCGAAGAAGCAAACUGGAUUCCACUGGAGUGGGAUAGACCGGCUGAGGAAUUAACUUGGGAACGUCUUUUAGGCUUAGACGGAUCUCUUCUUUUUCUCGAACACGUAUUUUGGGUUGUUUCGCUGAAUACCCUCUUCAUCAUGGUGUUCGCUUUCUGCCCCUAUCAUAUUGGCAGUUUCGCUAUAACGGGUCUGGGAUUACAAGAGUACGCGGCUGCAUCGCACUUCGAAGGAUUAGUUACCACACUGUGUGGUUAUUGCGUUAUUGGAGUCUGUUUGGUAGUUCUUCACACAUUAGCUGCUCUUUUAGGUUUCCAACGCUCUCAGCGUAUAUUGGGUUUAUGUUAUGUCAUAGUAAAAGUUUCUCUUUUGAGUGUCGUCGAGAUAGGUGUACUUCCUUUGGUUUGUGGCUGGUGGUUGGACAUUUGUUCGUUAGCAAUGUUCGACGCCACUCUUAGAGACAGGGAAUCUUCUUUCAGACUGGCUCCUGGUACAUCAAUGUUUAUACAUUGGCUGGUAGGAAUGAUUUACAUAUAUUACGUUGCUUCGUUUAUUCUGCUUUUACGAGAAGUGCUGCGGCCAGGAGUGCUAUGGUUUCUGAGAAACUUAAACGAUCCCGAUUUCUCUCCUAUCCAAGAAAUGAUACAUCUUCCAAUUUUAAGACACGUAAGAAGACUCGUGACAUCCGCGGUUAUAUUUGGAACAGCUAUUUUAUUAAUGCUAUGGCUACCGGUGAAACUUUUAAGAUGGGCUUGGCCAGGAUUUUUACCAUACACAGUGACUGUCCAAAGCGAGGCUCAGGUGAGCGAAUUGUCAUUAGAAUUGCUGUUGCUGCAAGUCAUCCUUCCCGCAUUGCUGGAACAGUCUCAUACGCGAACAUGGUUGAAAGCUUUGAUAAGAGGCUGGUGUCGAGUGGUGGCCUGGAUAUUAGAUCUUCAGUCUUAUCUUCUGAGAGAUCAAACCGAGGAUCCAGACCCGGCGGUAAUCGAGGAACCACAGCAUCCGGAUUUAGGUGCCGCACAUCUGGCGUUAUCGCAACGAGAAGCGCCGAAAGGGUUCCAACCGUACGUCAGGCCACGUUGGUUCCCUGCCCGGCUAGUAGGCCUUUUAUUCUGCGUUUGCAUUUCCCUUGUCGUUGCUAGUUUGAUCGCAAUGAUUCUCCCUGUUUGGCUCGGGCGCAGAGUAAUGGCACUAUGGAUGGUCGGAGCUCCGGCUCCGUCUCCGCCGGUCUUACCACCUACUUUGAGCGGAUCUGAAACCAGCGAAGCCACGGUAGCUCUAUCUGGACGAGUACACGAGGUGUACACCGUGGCCUGUGGAACGUACGUAUGUUGGGCUGCAGCGAGAGGAUUAGCCUUAGCAUUUUUCUGGUUACCACGCGGUCGAAGAGCUGUUCUGGAUAGGGUAAAGCAUUGGGCAAUCAUAGGUGUUAAAGCGUCGGUAGCGUUUUUCCUACUUAUUGGCCUAAUACCGCUUUUGUUUGGUCUUCUUCUUGAAUUAGUUGUCGUAGUACCAUUGCGGGUACCCUUAGAACAAAAUCCUAUUUUGUUUAUUUGGCAAGAUUGGGCUUUGGGCGUUUUAUACACAAAAAUAGCAACCGCCAUUACCAUGAUGGGGCCAGAUUGGAGGAUUCGUCUUGCAAUUGAACGGGCGUACAAUGACGGUAUUAGAGAAAUAGAUUUGAAAUUCAUCGUUAUGGAAUUGGCAGCGCCGGUAAUAUGUUGCUUUGGUCUUGCUCUGGCUGUUCCUUACGCUGUAGCCUACGGUAUAAUUCCUCUUUUGAUCACAAAUUUACAGACACAAAUUCUUAUCGCUAGACAUUUGUAUCCUUUCCUUUUAUUAGUAAGUUUGGUGUGUAUCGUUAUAUAUUUCCAAAUUCGACAAUUCAAAAAACUUUACGAACACAUAAAGAACGAUAAAUAUCUGGUAGGGAAAAGACUCGUAAAUUACGAACAUCGAAAUAAGUCUCAAUCGCAGCAACAGCCGCAGGCAUCGAGCUAA